AUGAAAAUCAAAUUUCGAACAAUUAUUUUAAUCAUCACUAUUUAUUAUCUGCUACUUUGGCCUCUGUCAUCAGAAGCAUUAAAGACAUCGGUAACUAAUUUCGGUAAGAAAUUUUAUCUUGGAUACAUGCAGGCUGCUACGACAAACCAACAUGGUUCACAUUUUCCUUUUGUCGUUAUUACAACUUUAAAUCAAGCUGCGCAAGUGACUAUUACUAAUAAUUAUGAUAAAUCCAUUAGCCUUUUUAGUAUUAGUGCACAAAGCUACCGAGAAAUUCCGCUACCAAUAUCACUCGAAAAUAGUGUAAAUGGAGUAAGUAGCAAAACUGUUCUUGUGACAUCGGAUCAAGAUAUCAUUGUUGAAGGAUAUCAUGUACACCCAUUAUCAGCUGAUGGAUAUCUUGCUUUACCGACAACAGCUUUUGGCAAACAAUAUGUUAUUGCAACGUAUACACCGUACCAAAGGUCUCAAUUUUUGGUUACUGCAUCUCAAGAUCAAACCCAACUCAGCAUUAUUUUCCCGCGAAACGUUAACUAUCUAGGUACCAUUUAUUCUCGAAGUAAUCAUCUGAUCGUCAAUUUACAGAAAUCGCAAAGUUUCUACUUCGGAUAUAAUCAAGACAUAACCGGAACAAUCAUCAACUCAAAUAAGAAAGUCGCCGUUCAAUCUGGCAAUCGAUGUGCAUUAGUACCUGUGAGAAUAAUUGAUUGCGAAUAUCUUGUAGAGCAGCUAUUACCAACAAAUUCUCUUGGCAAGAAUUAUGUAUUGACAACUUUCGCUGAUAGAACAGCUGGUGAUAUAUUUCGUGUUGUUGCUGCUUACGAUAAUACAAGCAUUCGAAUGCAUUUAAAUGGACAAAUUCAUAUUAUUUCUCAGGGUUCAUUUCUUGAAUUUCAUCUAGCUAGCGAUACAGGAACGUAUUUAACAUGCAGCAAGCCUUGUGCAGUAGCUCAAUACAGUAAAGGGCAAAAUGCCGAUCAUUCUAUUUCAGAUCCAAUGAUGAUUCUUGUACCAUCAAUUAGUCAAUAUCAGUCGAGUUAUGUAUUUUACAGCGUAGACACUGAUGGCGAUGAGAUUAUUGACCGCUUUGUUAAUAUCGCAAUUUUGGAUAGCCAAAAAAAUGGAUUAAGAUUAGAUGGUAGCGCCCUUCAACAUGUUCGUUGGGUUACAGUUCAAACUAGCAACGGCACAUAUGCGGUGGCACAUGUCUUCAUCCAUGGAGGUAGACAUGUGCUCAAUCACAACAGUUCUAGCGUCCAAUUUUCCUUAAUCCAAUAUGGUUAUGGUCCAAUAGGGUUGUCCUUUGGAUUCCUAGCUGGAAUUAAGCUAUCCCUUGAAUUGGAUGAUUAUUUGUACAUCAACCAGCAUCCAAGUUCAAAAAAUGUAUCUGAGGGUCAAACUGUGAUACUAAGAUGUCGAGCAAGCAGUAACUAUCAGCAAAUUAACGUUAUAUGGCUCAAAGGCUCCACUCAUAUCAGCAAUUACACCACAACAAAUUCCAAUGGCGAAAGUCAACUAACACUUCCCAAAGUAGCUGAAAAAGACAUAGGAUGGUAUCGUUGUAGAUUUUCCAAUCCUGCAGGACUGAAUGAAACUGAAUCUGCUUAUGUCGACGUAUUUGAAAUACCACGUAUUGUUAUCAAUCCUCAAAAUGUUCAAGUAAAUCAAGGGAGUUCUACCAAUUUUCAUUGUAAAGGAGAAGGUCUGCCUACUCCUACUUGCAUUUGGCUCAAAAAUCAAGUUACAAUUAACAGCACUAGAUAUCUCAUUCUCUCAUCCAGUGAAAUUAAAUUACAGCUAAACAAUGUAGUUAUCGGAGACGCCGGCAAUUAUGUUUGCUUCUGUUCUAAUGGUAUUGGAAAUGCAACAAGCAGUAUAGCUACUCUAACUGUGUUAAGUAAGUUAGGAUAA